AUGUCUAGCGAUUUGCUGAUCAUGUCAGAUUCGGCUAGCUGUUUAUCAGCAAUCGAAGCCGGCACAUCCCAGCACCCGUGGAUCCAACAGAUUGAAAACAUGCUUCGGAACCGUCCAAUCAAUCUUUGCUGGAUCCCAGGUCACACUGGCAUCCGCGGUAACGAAGAGGUAGACCGACUUGCAGGAGAAGCCAGGGGCGUUCCCCCAUUGGAUAUAUCCAUUCCCGGAGCAGAUACCGUUAGUCAAAUCAAAACAACUAUCCGAAAUCGAUGGUACCAGCGGUGGUCAGCGUCCACCGAGGUGAAACUUCGCGAAGUAAAAUUCAACACAGCAAAGUAA